AUGUCUGGUGCUUCCGCCGCUCCGGCACCCUUUCCUCCGGGGCCUCCCCGGGUCACAGUCCCCGUAGAGUCUUCCACAUGGGAUCGCAUCACCAACUGGGCCACUGAGAACAAGGCCCUCGUCUAUACCAUCGCAGGUGUCACACUAGUAGCUACCGGCGCCGGUGUUGUGUACUACCUGAACAGCGACUCUAACACUGCCAAGCCCACACAACCCAAGAUCAGCAAGAAGGAGAAGAGAAAAAGGAAAGAAGCCGAGCGCCAAGCCGAGGCGGAAAAGGCUGCAGAGCCAAAGGAAGAGAAGCCCAAGGCCGCCACAGUAGAGACCGCAGAUGAGGUCCCCGAGAUCACCGAAGAGCUGGUUGCUACCUUGACCGACGAGCAGAAGAAGGACUAUGCAUUGCAGCUGAAGAACUCCGGCAACAAGGCCUAUGGCGGCAAGGACUACAACAAAGCCAUCACCCUAUACUCACAAGCCAUUCUCUGCAAGCCGGAUCCCAUCUUCUACUCGAACCGUGCUGCUUGCUACAACGCGCUCAGCGUCUGGGACAAGGUCGUCGAGGACACCACUGCCGCCAUCAACCUCGACCCUACCUACGUCAAGGCCCUGAACCGACGUGCCAAUGCCUACGAGCAGCUCGAGCAGUACAGUGAGGCCCUGCUGGACUUCACGGCCAGCUGCAUCAUCGACGAGUUCAAGAACGAGUCCAGUGCCAACGCCGUCGAGCGCUUGCUGAAGAAGGUCGCCGAGGUCAAGGCCGACGACAUCAUCAAGUCCAAGAACCCCAACAAGCUGCCCAGCCCUACCUUUGUCGCCAACUACAUUCAAAGCUUCCGUGCCAAGGACAGGCCAGCUGGUCUGGCAGAUGACGUUGAGCUCGACUCCAACACCGGAAAGGGGCAACUACAGGCUGGUCUCCGUGCCAUGGAGCGCAAGACCCACGAGGGCUACGAGGAGGCUGCCACGUCGUUCGAGAAGGCCCUGGAGCUCGGCGAUCUCGGUGCAUACGAAGCUCUGGCUUACAACAUGCGCGGUACUUUCAGAUGCCUCAAGGGCAACCAGGAGCAGGCAUUGGCAGAUAUGGACAAGAGCAUCGAGUUGGAGCCCUCCUUGACCCAGAGCUACGUCAAGCGAGCGAGCAUGCACCUGGAGAGAGGUAUAUCAGAGGCUGCUGAUGAUCUGGAGAAGGCCGUCCAGCAAAAUGACCAGGACCCCGAUAUCUACUACCACCGCGCCCAGUUGCACUUCAUCCACGGCGAGUUCCAGGAGGCUGCCAAGGACUACCAAAAGUCCAUUGACCUCGACACCAACUUCAUCUUCUCUCACAUCCAACUCGGUGUCACACAGUACAAGAUGGGCUCGAUAGCGUCCUCCAUGGCCACAUUCAGAAGAUGUGUCAAGAACUUUGACAAGGUGCCCGACGUCUACAACUACUAUGGUGAGCUGCUCCUCGACCAGGGCAAGUUCGAUGAGGCCAUCGCCAAAUUCGACACAGCUAUGGAUAUGGAGAAGCAGACCAAGCCCAUGGCCAUGAACGUUCUGCCCCUUAUCAACAAGGCCCUUGCUCUCUUCCAGCAGAAGCAAGAGUUCACCGAGGCCGAGAAGCUCUGCGAGAAGGCAUUGAUCAUCGACCCCGAGUGUGACAUUGCUGUUGCCACGAUGGCUCAACUCCUCUUGCAGCAAGGCAAGGUCGUCGAUGCCCUGAAGUACUUUGAGCGUGCCGCGGAAUUGGCCAGGACGCCCGGCGAGAUCGUGAACGCUCUGUCCUACGCGGAAGCCACACGUACUCAGCUCCAGGUCCAGGAGAAGUAUCCCCAGCUCGCUGCUAAGCUCUCUGGUAUGGGAGGUGGCGCCGGCUUCCCAGGAGCUCGCUAA